CCCCCACCCCCGCCCCUGAGCUCCGUGAAGGCCCGGGAGGCGGUGGCUGCACAUCUAACGCGUGGGCACCGGGACAGCCGCGGGCCCCGCAAACUACGCCCAGGCUCUGCCCCUGCCGCUCAUUGGAGCGGGACCGAGCCAAAGCGCCCAGACCCAGAAUUACCCUCCUCUAGACGCGGAGCUGCGAGCAGGACGCGGGGAGCAGGGUGCGGGGAGAGAGUAAGCAUCUGCCUAGGACAGCCUAGCCCAGCCCAGCCCAAUCCAGCCCAGUCCAAGUAGAGGCUACCCAGUGCCUGCACAGCUUGGGGUAAGAGGACCGAGCCUCGGGGGCCAAGUAGAUCGCUUCGACGUCUAGCGGCUAGCGUAGAGCCCAGAGCCCAGAGCCCACCGGUGACGCGGUGGAGCGGAGUGGAUCUGGACACCCUGGGAAGGAUAAUCUCUUCGAAGGAGCAAGGAUCUGGCUGGAGCCAAGAGCCCAGUCCAGGGCAGUAGAACUACAGCCGGGGAUCCACAGACCUUGCGGCGCCCGGGUUCGGAUUUCAGAGUCCGCGGGGGCUCACCCGCUGAUCCGCUUCUCCUGCAGGUGGCCCCGAAAGACAGGACCAGCGCUGGCAUGGGCCAAAGAGCGGUGCGAGUACUGCUCCUCCUGGGCUUAUUGCACUGGGGCCCCGGCAGCGAGGGAAGGAAAACCUGGAGACGGCGUGGUCAGCAGCAGCAGCAGCAACAGCAGCAACAGCAACAGCCGCCUCCGUCUCAGCCCCAGACCCAACCCCAGGCGCUUCCUAGCCGGGAGCUGGGCGAGGUGGCAGGGCAGCCAGUGGAGAGCUUCCCGCUGGACUUCACGGCCGUGGAAGGCAACAUGGACAGCUUUAUGUCUCAGAUCAAGAGUCUGGCACAGUCUCUGUAUCCCUGUUCCGCGCAAAAGCUCGAUGAGGACUUGCGACUUCAUCUCCUGCUCAACACCUCGGUGACUUGUAAUGACGGUAGCCCUGCCGGCUACUACCUCAAGGAGUCUAAGGGCAGCCGGCGCUGGUUGCUCUUUUUGGAAGGCGGCUGGUAUUGCUUCAACCGGGAGAACUGUGAUUCUCGCUAUGACACCAUGAGGCGCCUUAUGAGUUCCAAAGACUGGCCCAGAACUCGCACAGGUACUGGCAUUCUCUCAUCUCAACCAGAGGAGAAUCCACACUGGUGGAAUGCCAACAUGGUCUUUAUCCCCUAUUGCUCUAGUGAUGUCUGGAGUGGAGCUUCCUCAAAGUCUGAAACCAAUGAGUAUGCUUUCAUGGGGGCCCUUAUUAUCCAGGAAGUGGUUCGAGAACUCCUGGGCAAAGGGUUGACCAGUGCCAAGGUACUGCUGCUUGCUGGAAGUAGUGCUGGAGGCACUGGUGUUCUUCUGAAUGUGGACCGGGUUGCAGAACAGUUAGAGGAGUUGGGCUAUUCAGCCAUCCAGGUUCGGGGUCUGGCUGACUCUGGAUGGUUCUUGGACAAUAGGCAGUACCGACGAACAGACUGCAUUGACACGAUUACCUGUGCACCCACUGAAGCCAUUCGCCGAGGGAUCAGGUACUGGAACGGGGUCGUCCCCGAACGCUGCCGGCUACAGUUCAAGGAAGGCGAGGAGUGGAACUGCUUCUUCGGAUACAAAAUCUACCCUACCCUGCGCUGUCCUGUGUUUGUAGUACAAUGGCUGUUUGAUGAAGCCCAAUUGACUGUGGAUAAUGUACAUCUGACGGGGCAGCCUGUGCAAGAAGGGCAAUGGCUUUAUAUCCAGAAUCUUGGCCGGGAGCUUCGGAAUACUCUAAAGGAUGUGUCGGCUAGUUUUGCCCCUGCCUGCCUAUCCCAUGAGAUCAUCAUCCGAAACCACUGGACAGACAUUCAGGUGAAGGGCACCUCAUUGCCUCGAGCACUUCAUUGCUGGGACCGAAGUCUUCAUGAGAGCAACAAAAAUGGCAAAGCACCCCCCCUGAAGGGCUGUCCAGUUCACCUAAUUGACAAUUGCCCCUGGCCCCAUUGUAACCCCUCCUGUCCCACCAUCCGAGACCAAUUUACAGGACAAGAGAUGAACAUAAUCCAGUUCCUCAUGCACAUGGGCUUUGAUGUACAAAAAAUGGCUCAGCAACAAGGGUUAGAGCCAGGCAAGCUCCUGGGGAUGCUUAGCAGUGGGACCUAAAUGAAGUCAGGAAGUAGAAAUAAUUCAUGGCCAGCACAGGAGAGGGUGAUUCCCCCCCCCCCCCACCCUUUGUUUCCCUCCCUUUUUCCACCUCACCUCCCACCACCAGGCUCACAUUCUUGCUCUGUGCCUAUUGCCUCUUAGAUCUAGACACAUGUGUCCCAUUGGGGCCAACAGAGCACUAAACCACCUCUUCAUCCUCCAGUGGGCCUUGGAAUCACAAAAUGUUUAAGGAAGAGCUCUCAAUGGACAGUCAAAAAAAAUCUUCAUUAUAACCUGCUCAAUGUGGAUUAUUCAGUUUACUCUAAGACCUCCAAUGGGGAUAGGAAGAGAGCCCAUUCCCUUCUGAAGCAUCCCAUUUCAAUUUUAGAUAGCUUUAUUAGGAAAUUGUUUUCCUAAUAGCCUAAUAUUUCUUAAUAAUUUGUCUCAUUGUAACUUUUACCCAUUGCUUCUGUUUCUGCCCUCUGAAAGUCAAGCAGAGCAAGUCUAAUCCGUCUUCCAUGACAGUCCUUCAAAUACUUGAUACUAUCAUGUGUUCUCCUUCCCUAACCCCACUCCAAAUCUUCUCUUCUACAGACUAAACAUUCCUAACUCCUUCAACUGCUCUCAUGGCAUGGACUCUAGGCUUCUUAUCAUCCUGUGCACCCUUCCCUGGAUUUUAUUCAGUCCAUCCUAAAAUGUGUCAUCUGGUAUUGAACACAAUAUUCCAGAAAGGAUCUAACAAGGGUAGAAUAUACAGGCACAGUCCCCUGCUUAUAUUUUAUUCCUCUUAAUAUAGACUAGGAUUAUAUUAACUUUAUUAUCUACCAUCUCCUACUUUUGACUCAUCUUGAACUGGCAGUCAAACAGAACCUCCAGAUCUUUCCCCAACAUAGUAUUGUCAAACUAUGCCCUUUCCCCCAUCCUAUCCUUGGAAAGUUGAGUUCUUUAAUGGAAAGAUGAGUCUUUACAUUUAAUCUUACUUCAAUUUAGUUUAAUUUAAUCUUAUUGGUUUUCAAUAACUGGUUUCUGUCUAGCACUGUCUAAUGACAGUGCUGUCAUUAAAUUCCUGCUGUGUCACUUAAAAAUUUGAUUACUAUGACUUUGUCCUAGUCAUUGAUAAAAAUGUUCAAUUGGACAAGGCCAAACUCAGUUGCCUGGGGGUUUUUCCUGGAUGCUUCCUGCAAAGUUUUAUCAUUGAAUUAUGAAUGAGUACUAUUUUGAGUUUUGCCACUCAAUUUUGCAUCCAUUUAAUUAUAUUGUUACCUACCCCACAUCUCUCCAACUUUUCCAUGAGAAAAAUGUGGAUAUUUCAUUAAAUGCUGGACUAAAACCUAGUAAAUUGUAUCCACAGCAUUCUAAUUUGCUCCUAAAGUAAUCAUGUCCAAAAAAAAAAAAAAAAAGGAAAUAACAUUUGUUUGGUAUGACCUGUUGUUGAUGAAGCCAUGCUAGCUCUUUAUGAUUGAUAUCCCUUUUUCUAGAUCUUCACUGAUUGUUUGUAAUGUUCAGGUUAGGUUUCUGGAGGUCCUCCGGAAGGGCAUUGGUCUCAGCAAGAUAGAUGCCAGGAGAAUGGACAAGAAUAGAGUCCAAAGUCUUUAUUGUCUCUUACAGUCUGUGUCUGUCCUAGUCUGAUCCAGUCUUCUCUCUAUCAGUCUUCCAGUCUCAACCAGUCUCCCCUUGAGUCUGACUUUGUCCCCACUUUAAAUACCUUAUUACAUCAU